ACAACAACCUCAAAAAUCUCCCAACAACACAACACAGUUGUUUAUUGGGCAUAGUUGGCAAUGUCAACCGGCGGAAAGGCAUCUCAGCCUCAGGCUGCAGCCGCGUUCUCUCUCUCAUCACCCUCACCCUCACCCUCGCCACCCUAACCCUUCUUUCCUUCACAUACUUCUCCUACAAUUCCAAUUCCCUCCACUCCUCACCACCACCAACAACAACAACUACUUCUACUUCUCAGCUUUAUCUUUCUAAACUAGAGGUGGUGGAGGUGGAGAAAGAUGAUGUUUCCGGGGAUGUUUACCAUUUGCCGCAGAUAUUUGGGUUGAAUUAUGUGGAGAUGGAGAGGAGAUUCAAGGUGUAUAUAUACCCAGAUGGUGAUCCCAACACUUUUUACCAGACCCCAAGAAAGCUUACGGGCAAGUACGCCAGUGAAGGCUAUUUCUUUCAGAACAUUCGUGAUAGUAUUUUCCGUACCCAUGAUCCCAAUCAGGCUCAUCUCUUCUUCAUUCCAAUCUCCUGCCAUAAGAUGCGAGGCAAGGGCACUUCUUAUGAGAAUAUGACCAUAAUAAUCCAGAAUUAUGUGGAAAGCUUAAUUUCCAACUAUCCUUACUGGAAUAGAACCUUGGGUGCGGAUCAUUUUUUUGUCACUUGUCAUGAUGUUGGUGUUAGGGCAACAGAAGGAGUUCUGCUUCUUGUAAAGAAUUCAAUUCGAGUAGUGUGCUCCCCAAGCUAUGAUGUUGGAUUCAUUCCACACAAAGAUGUUGCUCUCCCUCAAGUUUUGCAACCGUUUGCCCUUCCAGCUGGAGGAAAUGAUAUUGAAAAUAGGACAACACUUGGCUUUUGGGCUGGACAUCGAAACUCUAAAAUUAGAGUUAUACUAGCACGAGUGUGGCAGAAUGACACUGAACUUGAUAUUUCGAACAACAGAAUAAAUAGGGCUAUCGGACCACUCAUAUAUCAAAAGAGAUUUUAUAAUACUAAGUUCUGCAUAUGCCCUGGUGGUUCCCAAGUCAACAGUGCUCGCAUAGCUGACUCAAUCCAUUAUGGAUGUGUUCCUGUGAUAUUGUCAAAUUAUUAUGACCUGCCAUUCAAUGAUAUUCUGGAUUGGCAUAAAUUUGCUGUCAUACUUAAGGAGCAUGAUGUGUAUCAGCUUAAGCAAAUUCUAAAGGACAUACCUGAUGCUGAAUUUGUUGCACUUCACAAGAACUUAGUUAAGGUUCAGGGGCAUUUCCAGUGGAACUCUCCACCCAUCAGAUAUGAUGCAUUCCAUAUGGUCAUGUAUGAGCUUUGGUUGCGCCACAAUGUGAUCAAAUACUGAUUUGAUUAUAUUUCCAGUAUGCUAUAUGUACAUUUGCUGGCUAGUAAUUCAAACUGUUUGUAAAUUAUCAUAUGCAGCUCUCUCACGUUCCUUAGUAGUCUUAGAAAGAGAGGAAUUAACACUAGUAGAAUGGUGGUGUUUAUGUAGGUGUAGUGGGAGUCGGUGGAUCAUUUGUUACUUCAUUGUGAUUUUGCCAAUGUGAUGUAGGGCUAUUUAUUUUCGUUUUUUGGAGUUAAUUGGGUGCUCUUAUGUAGAGUAUUUGAUUUAUUGAUUGGGGUGGAGGAAUUGGUUCCGUAAA